AAUAUUUGCCUCGGCCCUAAUCCCGCUUGCCCUUGUGUCGGCAAAUCUCUGUCGGAUGACAGGGAGAGUUUUGCUUGGCCGGUCUGUCUCCAGACCAGGUGCCAGGAUCGCAGCCAGCCCCCCUCCCGUACGUUGUGCAACACGCAGCAGGGAGAAUAAACCAGGCUUUGGCGAAACGCGUGACCGCCUUCGCUCUUGGGAUUCUCCUCUAAUAGAGUUCCGGCAGCGAAUUGCAGGUGUCACAGAGAAGAAUAAUCAUCAUCGGCCCAAUGAUCAUGAAGAAUAUGAACUUUGCUGUUAUCUAGAUGGAAGAAAAGAUUAACAGCCCAGAAGGGGAGCCCCUUUGGUUUUCAAGAUGGAGGCAGCUACUGGUGAAAGCCAACUGCAGCGAAUUAUCAGGGACUUACAAGAUGCUGUGGCUGAAUUAAGUAAAGAAUUUAAAGAAGGAGGGGAACCAAUCACAGAUGACAGUGUCAACUUGCAGAAGUUCUCCUACAAGCUUGAAUAUCUUCUACAGUUUGACCAGAAAGAAAAAAGCACAUUGCUGGGAAACAGAAAAGACUACUGGGAUUAUUUCUGUGACUGUCUGGCAAAAGUCAAAGGAGCUAAUGAUGGAAUUCGCUUUGUCAAGUCUAUUACAGAACUACGAACAUCUCUUGGGAAAGGAAGAGCAUUUCUGCGUUACUCCCUUGUUCAUCAAAGGCUUGCAGAUACCUUACAGCAGUGUUUUAUGAACACCAAGGUGACCAGUGACUGGUACUACGCACGGAGCCCAUUUCUGAAUCCCAAAAUGAGUUCUGACAUUGUGGGUCAUCUCUAUGAGCUCACUGAUGUUCAGUUUGACUUGGCUUCACGAGGCUAUGAUUUAGAUGCUGCUUGGCCAGCAUUUGCCAGGAGGACACUGUCCUCACUUGGAUCUUCAGCAUACUUAUGGAAGCCCCCAAGUCGCAGUUCCAGCAUGAGCAGCUUAGUGAGCAACUACUUGCAGGCUCCAGAGUUUCCCUCCAGUCCUGAUGCGAAUAACUCACUAAAUGCUGAACACUUUGAGGGCUUUGAAGAGAUGCGAGUAGAACUUGACCAGGCUGAGCUGAGGCAGAAAGAACUUCAGAGAAGUAUUCAUCAGCUAGAAAUGGAAAACCAGGAGCUCCAGGCAGCUGUCAGCCUUCACAAAGAGCAAUUGCGGCUAGAAAAAGAGAAGAGCAAUAACUACAGUGAGGAAAACUCUCGGCUGACAAAGAUGAUCACAGAGUUACAGAAGCAGUGUGAGGUUUCACAAUCCACUCAAAGCACUGUUCAUGACCUGCAGAAAUGCCUUCAAUCACUGGAACUGAAUGCCGUGGAGCAGCAGAAGGAAUAUUCAACAAAGCUGGCACAGUUGACAACCAGUAAGGAAGACUAUGCCUCAAAACUGCAGCUGUUGAAUGAGGAGUUGGAGGUCUCUAGGGCUUUAGUUGCUAUGAAGGAGCUUUGCAUUGAUGAGCUUAAAGCAAAGCUAAGUUCCGCAGAACAGAAGAAUCUCAACCUCCUUGCAAAAGUUGACGCUGCCUUGGAGGAAAAAGGACAGAAAGCUACAGCCCAGUGUGACUCUGCCCUACAGAUACAGGCAUUAUUAGAGAAGCUUCAGCAGACAGAAAAGGAAAAGGCAGAGAUGCAAAGACUCAGUGAUGAACGUACAUCUCAGCUGAAAACUGCAAAAGAGCAGCUGCAGCUGAAAGAAGAGUCACAGAAGGAACUGGAGUCCAGAUUUAAUCACCUUGCUGCUUAUUCCAGAGAAGAGAAUGAAAAUCUGCUGAGGAGCCUGGAAACCAUGGAAAAGGAAAUGGAUGCACUUCAGAAGGCCCUGACCUUGAAAGAAAAGGAGAUGACUGAGCUCCAGACCCAGGUAAUGGGGUCGCUAGCUCAGGUGGGGUCACUGGAAAAAGAUCUUGAGGAGGCAAGGAAAGAAAAAGAAAAACUCAAGGAGGAGUAUGGUAAGAUGGAAGAGGCACUUAAGGAGGAAGCCCAGUCACAGGCAGAAAAAUUUGAACAACAGGAGGGUCAUUUAAAAAAGGUGAGUGAGACUGUGUGUAGCCUUGAGGAGCAAAAUCAGAAGCUUUUCUAUGAGAAAGAGCAUCUCAGCCAGAAAGUCAAGGAGCUGGAGGAGCAGAUGGAGCAGCAAAACUCUGCAGUGAAUGAAAUGAGUGAGGAGAGCAGGAAGCUGAAAACUGAGAAUGCAGAUUUGCAGCAGUUCAAGAAGAAGAUGGAAGAGAAGCUGAAAAAUCUGGAAGCCUCUAAAGAUUCUCUGGAAGCCGAGGUGGCCAAGCUGAGGGCCUCUGAGAAACAGCUUCAGAGUGAGAUAGAUGAUGCCCUUGUGUCAGUUGAUGAAAAAGAGAAGAAACUCAGAAGCCAGAAUAAACAGCUGGAUGAAGAUUUGCAGAAUGCCAGGAGACAAAGCCAAAUUCUGGAGGAGAAAUUAGAGGCUCUGCGUUCAGAGUAUAGAGAACUAAAGGAGAGAGAAGAGACCAUGAAGGAAUCUUGUGACUCACUUGAAGGACAGCUGAAGAGUGCCAAACAACACAGUUUACAAAUAGAAAAGAGCUUAGACACUUUGAAGGAGAGCAAAGAGUCACUCCAGUCACAGCUUGCAGAGAAGGAAGUGCAGCUACAAGGCAUGGAGAGCCAGUGUGAGCAGCUAAGAGCAGAAGCUGAAAGACAUAGGAAGAAAACGGAGACUCUUGAGGUAGAAAAGCUCAGUGCUGAAAAUACGUGCCUUCAGCAGACAAGGCUUAUUGAAUCCCUCACGUCAGAAAAGGAAUCAAUGGAAAAGCACCAACUACAGCAGGCAGCUUCUCUGGAGAAAGAUGCAAAAGAUCUGGCCUCCAGGCUUACAGUAAGUGAAGAGCAGCUGCAAGUUAACCAAGAUGAAGUUUCUAGGCUGCAAACAGAAGUUCUUGACCUGCGAGUCAAGCUUCAGCAGACCAGUGAUGAGAGAGAGCAGUUGAAAAGUGAUCUGGCAAUCACAGCGUCUUUCUUAGGGGAGCAGAAAGAGCUUGUCCAGCAGCUGAAAGAGCAAACAGAGUCCCUCAACAGAAACCAUGUGCAAGAACUUGUGCAAUGCAAAGAAAGAGAAGAAGUGCUGAAAAGAGAACAGGAGACAGCAGUCCUUCAAAAAACUGAGCUGGAAAAUAAUUUGCUGAGUCUAAAGGAAGAACUCUCCAAGGUUAAACAGUACUUGGAUGCUGCUAGAAUGGAAAAUGUAGAAAACAAAGAUCUCCUCCAUAAGACCAACACAGAUAUGGCUGAACUCGGUAUUCAGAUUUGUGCCUUGUCCUCUGAAAAGGUGGAUGCAGAAGAGCAGUUAACCCAGGCCAAAGAGAGGCUCAAAGAAUUGGAAGAACAGGCAGCAGCGCAACAGGAGGAACUGAAGCAUGACAUCUCUUAUCUCAGACAGGAGAACAGGAGCCUACAAGAGAAACUAGAGGAGGCUCAGAUAUGUGUCUCAGCUCUCCCAAGUCUGCAAGCACAACUGGAGACAGCAAAGAAACAGGCACAGAGCCUUCAGGAGACCAGCCAAGAAGAGCUGUCUGCAAUAAAAUUUCAAAUGAGCACAGAAAUUCUAAAUUAUCAGACAAAAUUCAAGACUACCAGUGAAGAGUGUGGGAAACUAAGAGAGCAGCUUGAGGAGCAGAAGAGACAACAGCGUGCUACAGAGGAAGAGAUUGCAGGUUUACAAGCUGAAAACACAAGUUUGUCUAGAAAGCUGGAUGAAGCAAGGGAGCAGCUGUCUGAAUUGCAAUCUGCUCGGCUGCAGAAGGAAGAGGAAGUGGCAUCCCUGAGAGAACUCUUGGAAAGGACCCAAAAGGAAGCCGAUGAAGCAAAAAAGCAGGCCCUGGAUUACAGCGAGAAACUCAGCAAGGUGGCAGCAGACAAAGACAGCAACGACCAGAAGUUGUUUGCUGAGCUGGAUGACCUGACAAGAACAAAACAGUUCCUUGAAGAACGUUUAAUUGAACUUAUCAGAGAUAAAGAUGCUUUGUGGCAAAAGUCGGAUGCUCUGGAGUUCCAGCAGAAGCUUAGUGCAGAGCAGAAGUGGCAGGGUGACACAGAGGUUAACCAUUGCCUGGACUGCCAGAGAGAGUUCUCAUGGAUGGUGCGACGACACCACUGCAGAAUGUGUGGUCGCAUUUUCUGCUACUAUUGCUGCAACAACUACAUGGUGACAAAACCGGGUGGGAGAAAGGAACGUUGCUGCAAAGCUUGCUUUAAUAAGCCCAGAGUGAUUGUGGACAAUACAGAUGACUCUGGAUCCAGUGCCAACCAGGAAGGAUCCCCAGGUUCACUGGAGUCACCAGUGUCACCAGACGAAGCCUCUAAACCACCAGAUGAUGCAGCAUUUGAUAUAAUCACUGAUGAGGAGCUGUGCCAAGUACAAGAAUCAGACUCGCUCCACAGUGAAAGUCAGAUGGAUAGAGAUUCACUGGAUCAAAGUGUGACAGAUCUCCCUGUAACUCAUAGUUGGUGGUAUUCCAGAGUGUAUCCAGUGCAUCUGCCUUUUUUGAGAAACAGCACUUGUAAUUCUUCAGCCUUUGAUGAAUCAGAAGAGUGGCAGGUUGCUCAAGAUGCUGAGAUAAGCUUGUUGAAGUCAGGAGAAAUCAUGGUCAGAUUACCCCUUACAGUGGAGGAGAUUGUAAACUUUGGGGAAGGCAACAGAGAACUGUUCAUUAAGUCCAGCACUUACAGUAUCAUUCCCAUCACUGUUACAGAGAUUGGGCUAACAAUUAGUUGGAUAUUUUCAUCAGACCCUAAAAGCAUCUCCUUCAGCGUCGUCUACCAAGAAUCAGAAGACACGCCAUUGGAUCAGUGCAGAGUUCUUAUUCCUAUGACCCGCUGCAAUUCUCAUAAGGAAACUAUCAGAGGACAGAUGAAAGUCAGAAACCCUGGAAUCUACACACUGAUAUUCGACAACACAUUCUCUAGAUUUAUUUCAAAGAGAGUGUUUUAUCAGUUGACUGUUGAGCGACCUGUCAUCUAUGAUGGAAGUGAUUUUCCAUAGCCUUGAAUAUACUGUGUUAUUUUUAAUUAAAUUUGUAAGAAAUGCUAUUAUUUAUGUAUAUGUAAGCAUUGUGACUACCACUAUUUGAAGACUUUGAAGCUAUGCAAUAGUUAUAACGCACAUAGAGAGCAUAUACACACUAGAAAACAAAGCCUUUUUAGGAACACUAAUGGUUCUGUACUGUGUACAGAUUGCUCAGAAGCCAUCUUGUUUGAUUCAACAGGGCAAGGAAUGUUCCAGCCAAAUUUUUUUUCAGUGGGGGAAAAAAAAGUAAGUGUGGAAGUGACUUAAUGCAAACUGAAAUUCUCCACUGAAAAUUGAAUUACUUUUCUUACAAAAAUAUCCUUCAAAAGGAAAUUUAAAUAAAAAUGCAUUUUUUUUUUUUGUUGACCUCUUCAUUGAGGAAUAAACACACCCAUUUCCAUUCUGCUCUGCUGCUCUCACAGUCAGGACAGCAACUAUGCAAUUCUUCAGUCUUUGCAGACAUAUAUUGUAAUCCAUCUAGAAUUUUUUAUCUCUUUCAAGUUUUAUAAGCAGCAAUUAUAGAUGUUUUUACAUUUUGAGCUAAGAUUUGGUGAGUCUUAACUGGUUUUUAUAAAUGCUGUGGUCUUUAAUACCAGUUGCAAAGCAAUAAAACAUAAAGCAACAGGUUUUUUCACUUUUGCUCACCAUACUGUGUAAGUUUUUCCAAUGCAUUGAGCUCUUAUGGUGAGUAUCAGUGGCAGAAUCAGGUAUAUGGCUUGUAGAAUAAAGUACUACUCACUGUGUGACACUUGGAAGAAGAGCAUUUCUUUUUCCUGCUGUAGCACCUUGGUCAGCAGAAUUCACAUAAAGCACAAUCUCUGAGGAGGCCAGCAAUGUCCUUUCUCUCUGUAGACUAAGCACUUAGGGAACGCUCCAUAGGGUGUCUGAUUCUACAACAAUAGGCUGGUUUCUGAAAGAUGGACACAAAGCAGUGUUUGACAUUUGCAUAGUAAUAGCUUGAGUUAUAGGGAAAUUUAUGGGGAAAAAAUACAGCAGAUAAAGCUAACUGUUGCUAAUCAUUCAUUCCGUUGUUAACAAUAUAUAAAUACGCUGAUCCUGAAGAGGAGUGUGAAAGAAUGACUGCCCUUCGUGGACCACCUGGACUUUGAGUUGCAUGUUCAGGGCUUUCUGACAAGGACUUGCACUCAGGGUGGCACCAAGCUGGAAUCGCAGCCUUUUCAGCGAGGCUGUCUGGCUCCUGGAUGUUCUACUCUUCAAAUGUCUCUUACCAGUAUAUGUGAUGAACUGUGCUGGGCAGAGGGGUUGGUGAGAGGUAUGUGCUGCCUUACUCUUCCUGAGUAACAGGAUGCAGUAAGAGUUAGACCCUUCCCUGGCUGUGUGCAUAAAAACCGAGGUGGACAAGAAACCAAAGUGGGCAAUAAGUGACACACUGCUCUGUUCAUGAAUUAUGGCAUAUUUCAGUGUUGAAGCUACGUCUUAUAUUUAACUGGGCAAGAAGAGUUUAUUUAUUGCUGAAGAACGGAUAUUGUGUACCGUAUGCUAUGCAAUUUCAAACAGCUGUUACUGAAGUCUGCUGCUUAAAGUUUUCUUUUAAGCUUUUAGGCGUGAUUUUUAAAGGCAUCUUGUUGCUGUUUUAUUUAGUUUUAUUUAAUACUAAUCUUACUAGGAGAUCCUUACUCAAAUGCCAAAUGUAAGUUAAAGGGAUGCCAUCAAACGUUUUAGGCCAAAAUAUGACAUCUCUGCUCAGAAGUAUUUAUCGGUAGUCAGAAUCGUUUGACAGGCUUGCCUCUGGAUUUCCUCUCUGCAUCCUUGUUCUUAAGAUUUUUUCAUUCAAUAGCAGAUUUUUUUAAGGCACCAUUUAUUCUUACAGUCACUGGCUCCAUGUAGUAGGCCAAAUUUUUUCAUGCAAGUUUUUCAUGUAGACAGGCCUGAGGUUGGCUGAAACUUGUGCUUGGGAGGUGGGUAAUAGAAAUGCUGGAUGGUUUUUAUUUAGCAUUUGAGUCUUUCUGGUAGCUUUUCUUCAGGUUUUCCUGUCACAUGAGAGAAGUUUUGUGGCUUUUUUUGCUCUCUGAAAGAGGACAAAGAGGGGGAGCGGGAACCUGUAGUUUCAAGAUGAAAGACUAAUGUUUGCUUCUCACAGAGGAAAGCGUUUAAGCAGAAUUUGUUUCAGUAGAGCAAAUACUCCAACAGGUGAAGAUGCAGCAAGUGGACAUGAGCUCAGCUGUUGGAAGGAACCGUUCAAGUAAAUAAAACCAUUGUGUCACCCAGAUGAGGGAGUCUUUCCACCUCAGGGGCUGAUUUAAGGGGAUGUCACACCUGUGACUUUUAUACACAAAUAGUGUAUACAAAGGUAGUGUACCUGACGGGGUAUUUUCCCUGGGUGCUAGAAUAAGGAAGGGUAAUUUGUUUUUUGUUAGGCAGGGGUUUAUGCAGAAGAAAGAAUACAGUUAUUUUAAGAAAACGGCGUGACAUAAUUCCUUUAUGCAGCAUUACUCGAUGCCAUGUUAUGAAGAAUCACUUUGAUUUGCACAGUAAGAAGCAGCACCACUACAGAAGCCUGAAUUUGCUCUUUAUAAGACUUGAAAUUGCACUGUAGUUUUAAUUAUACUCAGACACUUAUACUGUAACUUGAUCAGACACAUCUUCUGGUUUUAGCUGCAAGUCCCGUUCACAUCAAAUUUCAUGUUCCACAUGGGGGAAAGAAGAGAUCUGUAUAUGCCAGCAUCUGUGCAGUCACAGAGGUGUAGGCAGUUACGUACUGGAAUGUUUCUUGAUGCUUUUUUGUUUUCCUUUUAUAACCUCAGGAAUUAAAAAAGAAAAAUAAACUUUAUCAUCCAGC